GGCCCGAGCGAGCACCGGCCCGUCUGGAGCGUGGUUUGUUGGGGCUGGGCCUGAUCUUCAGGUGCUUGCUAAAAUUUGAAAUUGAUAGCAGGAGUCGUAUAACGUUCCCGUGUCUUUUUAGCGAGUGUGCUUUGUGCUGCUGAGAGGUGAAAUCGCAGCCCCGUGAGACUGUGGGGUGACCAUGGACAAGAAGCUUUAGAGUCAGCCCAUGUUUGUGUGAUAAACGCGACGGCCACAGGGACUGAAAUACUCAAAAACUUAGUGCUACCUGGUAUUGGUUCAUUUACAAUUGUGGAUGGGAAUCGGGUAUCCGGAGAAGACGUUGGAAAUAAGUAGUUUCUUUCUUCAAAAAAGCCACAUUGGUCAGAGUCGUGCCCAGAGUGCUACUGAACUUCUGCAGGAGUUGAAUAAUGAUGUUUCUGGAAACUUUGUGGAAGAGAGUCCAGAAACACUUCUAGACAACGACCCCUCCUUCUUUAAUCGAUUUAACUUAGUGGUUGCAACACAGCUAUCGGAAAGUACAGUGCUACGUUUAGCUGAACUCCUCUGGAAUUCUAACAUUCCUUUGCUGAUCUGUAGGACUUAUGGACUGGUUGGUUAUAUGAGAAUCAUUAUCAAGGAGCAUCCAGUUGUUGAAUCUCAUCCUGACAAUACAUUAGAGGAUCUGAGGCUGGACAAGCCGUUUCCAGAACUGACAGAGCACAUUCAGUCUUAUGACUUGGAUCAUAUGGACAAAAAGGACCACAGCCACACUCCAUGGAUUGUGAUUGUUGCCAAGUAUCUAACAAAAUGGUUCAACGAGAAAAGUGAUCAGUUGCCUAAAAGUUACAAAGAGAAAGAAGCCUUCAGACAACUGAUCCGGCAAGGUAUCUUAAAGAAUGAAAAUGGGACUCCAGAAGAUGAGGAAAACUUUGAAGAAGCUAUUAAAAAUGUGAACACAGCAUUAAAUACUACAAAGAUUCCAAGGUGUAUUGAAGAGAUUUUUAAUGAUGAUUGCUGUGUAAAUCUCACAGAGCAGUCCCCGUCCUUCUGGAUUCUGGUUCGAGCUGUAAAGGAAUUUGUGGCAAAUGAGGGGCAAGGAUGCUUACCUGUCAGGGGCACAAUUCCUGAUAUGAUAGCAGACUCCAGUAAAUUUAUCAAAUUACAAAAUGUAUAUCGUGAGAAAGCAAAGAGGGAUAUUGCUGCUGUGGGUAACCAUGCUGCCAAAUUGUUACAGUCCCUAGGCAAGGCGCCGGAAUCGAUUUCGGAGAGAGAAUUGAAAUUGCUUUGCAGCAACUCAGCUUUUCUUCGUGUAGUGAGAUGUAGGUCUCUGUCUGAAGAAUAUGGUUUAAACACUUUUAACAAGGAUGAAAUUAUUUCUAACAUGGAUAACCCGGACAGUGAAGUAGUGUUGUACUUAAUGCUACGUGCUGUUGAUAGAUUUUAUAAGCAGCAUGGUAGAUAUCCAGGUGUCUACAACUAUCAAGUAGAAGAUGAUAUUGGAAAACUGAAGUCAUGCCUUACUAGUUUCUUACAAGAGCAUGGGUUGUCUGUACUGGUUAAAGAUGAUUAUGUUCAUGAGUUUUGUCGCUAUGGAGCUGCUGAGCCACAUGCAAUUGCUGCCUUCAUGGGAGGAGCUGCUGCUCAGGAGAUCAUUAAGGUCAUCACGGGGCAGUUCGUGAUUUUUAACAACACCUAUAUUUACAGCGGGAUGUCACAGACGUCAGCCACUUUCCAGCUGUAGGAUGACGAUGUCCUUUCGUUGCCGCCGAGCGGUGCUGCAGCGCUCCGUACAUAGCGCCGGUGCGCCGCGGGGCGGGCCGUCGGGCAGUACCCGCGUACUGAACUCCUUGGUUGUGUUUUGUUUUCCUUUCCCUGAGGACGAAUAAAAUGAUCCCAAAUCCUGA